AGGCCUCUUCUCAGGGAGAGUGGCGGAAGAUGGCGGCGGCAGCUGGGUUGGGCGGCCUGUUGCCCGCGCAGAGCCAGCUGGAGUACGCGCUGGAGGAGGCCACGACGGCUCAGGAAAAAGAAAACCUGGUGUAUCAGCACCUGCAAAAGGUGGAUAGCUGGGAGCGGGAUCUCAAAGUGCCCGAGUUUGGAGCAGAUCUGCAAUGGCUGAAUACUGAAGGUUCUCUCUCUUUGUACAAAGAUCUUUGCGGGAAAGUAGUGGUAUUAGAUUUCUUCACUUAUUGCUGCAUCAAUUGCAUCCAUGUGCUGCCCGAUCUCCAUGAAUUAGAGCAGAAGUAUUCUGUAACAGAUGGUCUCUUUGUUGUUGGAGUUCAUUCAGCAAAAUUUCCAAAUGAAAAGAUUCUGGAUAACAUAAAAAGUGCUGUUCUAAGAUACAACAUCACUCACCCUGUGGUAAAUGAUGCCGAUGCAACUCUGUGGCAUGAGCUGGAAGUGUCUUGCUGGCCAACCUUGAUCAUCGUUGGGCCCCGUGGGAAUAUGCUGUUCACUGUGGUUGGUGAAGGACAGAAGGAGAAAUUGUUUCUAUUUGCAUCCAUAGCCCUAAGGUAUUACAAGGAACAAGGACAAAUCAAUGCUAACACAAUCAGAACACGACUCUACAGAGACUCUUUGCCACCUUCACCUUUGUUGUUCCCUGGGAAGGUCACAGUGGACAGCUCAGGGGACAGAUUAGUAAUAGCCGAUACUGGACAUCAUAGGAUUUUGGUGGUGAAGAAAACUGGUCAGAUUCUGUACACUGUUGGAGGACCAGAUAGUGGAAGAAAAGAUGGCACAUAUUCAGAAGCCACAUUUAAUUCACCACAGGGGGUGGCCAUAAAGAACAAUAUUAUUUAUGUAGCAGAUACAGAAAACCAUCUGAUUAGAAAGGUUGACCUGCAGUUAGAAAUGGUGAGCACUGUUGCAGGAGUUGGAAUACAAGGGACAGAUAAGGAAGGAGGAGCCAGAGGAGACGAGCAGCCUAUUAGUUCACCAUGGGAUGUUGCCUUUGGAACUUCAGUUUCAGGAACACAUGAAGAUGAUGUUCUAUGGAUUGCCAUGGCAGGUAUACACCAAAUCUGGGCACUCAUGUUGGAUUGUGGAAAACUACCCAAGGGAAGUGACCUUAAAAAGGGAACAUGUCUCCGGUUUGCUGGGAGUGGAAAUGAAGAGAACCGGAACAAUGCCUAUCCCCAUAAAGCAGCCUUUGCCCAACCGUCUGGUUUAUCUGUUGCUCCUGAAGAGCCAUGGAACUACCUUUUUGUAGCAGACAGUGAGAGCAGCACAAUACGAACAAUUUCCCUGAAAGACGGAGCUGUGAAGCACCUUGUAGGAGGAGAGAGAGACCCAAUGAAUUUAUUUGCUUUUGGUGAUAUCGAUGGAGCUGGGAUAAAUGCAAAGCUGCAGCAUCCCCUAGGAGUAGCCUGGGAUAAGAAAAGAAGCCUCCUUUAUGUUGCAGAUUCCUACAAUCAUAAGAUUAAAAUUGUAGACCCCAAAAUGAAGAAUUGUGCUACAUUGGCAGGUACAGGAGAAGCAAGCAAUACAAUUGGUUCCAGCUUCAUCUCUUCAACUUUUAAUGAACCAGGAGGCUUGUGUGUUGAAGAGGGAGGGUGUUUGCUCUAUGUUGCAGACACAAACAAUCAUCAAAUUAAAGUGCUAGAUUUAGAAACCAAAACUAUUUCACUGCUGCCUCUUCUAAAUUUUGACACAGUGGAUACUGUAACCGAUCAGAGUAUGCAAAAGCCAGAUAUGGCAAAACCACCAAAGCUGCCUAAAUCUGCCCCAAAUCUUCAGUUGCCAUCACUGACUGUCAGUCCUGGCCAAGCACUUCAGUUUGCAUUGAAGCUAAGCCUCCCUUCAAAUACCAAAUUGACUGAAGAAAUGCCCAGUGCAUGGUUCCUCACAGCAGAAGGUAGCGAGUGGCUGAUUCAUGAACAGAAGGCGUUGGGGGAAAUCGAGGACAUUUCCAAACAGCCUGUGAUCCCAUUUCAGAUACCCAUGAUCUGCCUCUCAUCUGAAGUCGUACUGUCCAUUAAAGUGUGCCUUUAUUAUUGUAGCAAGGACAGUAAUGCCUGCAUGAUGAAAGGAAUCUCCUUCACUCAGCCUUUCCACAUAGCGACUGCACACCAAGGAAGCACAACUCUAAUUGAGCUCUUAUAUGCAUUUUGACUGAACUGAAGAAAUAGGAUAAAUUCACUUUCUUAAUUAUUAUUGUCCAAUAUUCUUUUCUCUCCAGAAGACAUUUGACAAUUUCUUGUAUUUCCUUCACUUUUGGUCUUCCAACAGAGUGCGAUUAAUUUUGUUAUAUAUUCCAUUUUCAAGUUCCUCUUGAAAGCCUACCAGAGAUCUCUGCAAACAACUUUGCAGAUGAGAUAGAAAUGACUGUUACAUCAUUAAAAAUGUAACAAAAUUGUAUUCCUUUAUUACUUUAUUAUAUAAGCAAUAAACAAGUUCAGGUAACUGCAAGAAUAAGGGGAAAUUCCUAUCUUGAAAGGUCAUUCAUAAUGCUGUAUAAUUUGAUCAAACUUUUGCCUUGACAGAAUACUGUAUAUGUCUUUUUUCAGAAAUAUGAAAUGGCAGUUUAAAUGUAUUUUUCUGUUUGGCUUUGUCAUCUAAUAAGAUGUAUUUAAAAAACCUAUGUCAUCUGAAAUGAUCUUGAAAAACAUUAGUAGUAUUUAUUAUAUAAUUAAUAUAUAUAUAUAUGCCUUAUAUUUCUAGGUGAACAUUUAUAACUACAGUAUUAGUAAUAAUGAUUGCAAACCUUGCUGCUUUAUGAAGUAGAAUGUAAAUCUAGAGAUCAUUGCCUUUCUCUAUUUUUUUUCAUCCUAUGGGUAUUACUCAGUUUUUUCCCAUAACUGCCAUGUCUCUUCACCUAUAAUGGUGAAGCUUCAGGAUUUAAUAGCUUCGGGCUGAAGUUACUAUGUCUUGAUACUAAGAGUUCUUGUUUAAAUUUUUGGCAGAGCUGUUAAAACCAAGAGGUCAUUAGGUAUGGUUUGCAUCUAUCCCACACAAUAUUAAAGUCCAUUGAUUUAUUUUCAUUAGCUUCAUAAUGCUUUACAAAGAUUCAUAGUACUAUGUAAAUAAUAAUUUUUAAAAAAUGUUAUUUAUAUCCCGCCACCAUCUCCCAGAAGGCACUCGAGGCGGCUAUGUAUAAGUAUUUGUUACUUUGAAGGUCUUUGGCACUACCAUCAUAGCACAUGAUUUGUGUCAAAUGCCUUACUUUUCCAUGCAAAAGCAAAGUUAAUCUAUAGUGUUGCUGAAGAAUUGUCAAGUGCUUUUUUCUUUGAAGGGGGAACCAUAUGGUGCAAUUAUGGCUUUCCUUUCCUCUUCAAAAUCACUUGUCAGCAUAAAUGAAAGUUGAAAGGUUACUUGAAUACCAAAAAUAGCACUAUUCCUUCCAGUACUGUGUAGAAUUAGAAAAUUUCUACAGCCUUCUGGCCUUUUGUUCAAGCCAGGUUUUUCAACUCUUUUAAGUAAAUUUGUGCAUGUGAAAAAUAAUAGACAUGAAAUUUUCUCUGCUACUUUGAAAGCAUUUUUAAACUGGGUUAAGUAUUGUCGACAGAAAAGUGCUGUGUUCCAGUGCAGCAAGAUUAAUGCAAGUGAUUGUAACCCCUUGCCCUUUAUACUUUUCCAAAUAUUAAAACAGUAAGAGACAUUCUCUUUCCCACUGUUCUUUUUGAUUCUGUCUUGGCUAAAAUUCAGGAAUUGCUUCACACAUUUUCAAUUAUCGGGUUUUGAAAAAAAUCAUUGUUUUGUACAAACCUCUGUUCUCCACUUUCUCCCAUACAACUAGACAUAACAUUCAAAGUGUACGUUUAACCCAGUGGCUCCCAACCUGUGGUACAUGGACCAUCAGUGGUCCACAAGAACUAAAAUAUGGUCCAUGGUCUGACUGUUACUACACCGUUGCAAUAAGAGCGACUGGUCUCACGAAACCCUCUUAUUAGUGCUGAAACUUAUUUAAUAUGGUUUUAUGUGGAUGAGUAGAUGGCAACUACAGGUUGGCAUAUGUUCUGUAUCAGAAACUACAGCUGAUGUGGUCUUUCCAGUGCAAUUUUCUGAAUCAGCAUCCUAAAUAACCAAACCAAAUCUAAAGUUGACUAAAAACUGACCCUUUUGGUACUAAUGUUGGAGAGUGGUCCCUGGUCAAGUGGUUCUUGGUCAAAAAAAGGUUAGGAACCACUGGUUUAACCACUGCUGUACAUUCAGAAAUAUACAAAAAUCAAUGUCUAUUAGAAGAACUGGGAGUCCAAUUAAUAUGUUAACAGGAUUGAAAAUCUAGGCUUGUUGAGUUGAAAUUAUAUAUACAUCUUAUGAGAUUUUUAAAACUGAAACUAUUUUAAAGUUUUCAUAGCAGCUUGUUAUGUCUCCAAACAUAACAAGUUGGUCUGAAUUGGUUUGAAGUUUUUAAUCUCAUAAACUUGAUCAAGCCAGAGCUUCAUGAUUAUGAGUUUUGGGGGCCAUGUCACAAAACACAGUCUUGAUGCUAUUUUUUUUAAACCAUAUUGAUCUGGAGUAAGUUUAUAAAAAUAACAAGAUUUCUAAUGGGCCAUGUUUGUCCUGUAUUUUUAUUAAUAAAAUAUACAAAUUAUUUUAGUGUAAAGUCAGUAGAGGUUAUCGAUAAUUUAUAACAGCAGUCGUAAUCUAUAAAAAUACCAAUUAUUGUAUCCUCUUGUUUAAGCUUCUAUUUAUUGUUUUGGAUUGGAAAAGUACAGAACUGUAUUUCAAUAGUACAAAAGAUGUCAGAGUAAAAACAUAUUUAUCAUGAUUUCUUUGAAAAUAAUUUCAAAAACGGGCUUUAGAGCUUGCUUCUUUGAACAAACCAUAAUUACAAUUUGUGACAAUUUAAUAUCCAGAUGACACACUAAAUCAGAGUUUCCCAACAUUUCAUGUUGGUGACACACUUUUUAGACAUGCAUCAUUUUGUUGCACAGUAACUCAGUUUUACUAGCAAAGCAGAAAUUAAGAGAUACGGACAUAUACAUAAAUUAUAGUAAUGAAAUGUAUGCAGACACAACAUAGCUCAUGAAAACCUUUCAUUUAUAUUUUUUAAAUAUAUUAUUUGUAAGAUAAUAACAUUUCUAAGAUUUUUGUAAUUUCUCUUUAUGUUCACACAACACACCUAUACACCGCAACUGACACACUAACACAGUGGUUCUCAAUCUGUGGAUCCCCAGGUGUUUUGGCCUACAAUUCCCAGAAAUCCCAUCUAGUUUAUCAGCUGUUAGGAUUUCUAGGAGUUGAAGGCCAAAACAUUUGGGGACCCACGGUUGAGAACCACUGCACCAACGUGUUGUGACACACAGUUUGGAAAUCUUUGCACUAAACUGAGAGUUUAUUGAAAUCAGAAGCAAAAGCUUCACUCUCACAGAUCUGUUACAGGAGAACUGGGAAGGAUGAAUAUGUAAGAUUAAGGUUUAUUGCUGUGCUGUCAUGUUAAACAGUGUUUAAUGAUCAAAUAUGAGCAGUAAACAACUGGGUAGAUUGAUUUUUAUAAAAAAAUGCAGCUGUCAUUUGAAAUAAAAUAAUUUUGUACAUUAAA